AUGGCGUCCUCUCUCACUUCCAAUUCCAUUCUCGGAUCCUCCACCAAACUCGGUUCUUCUUCUUCUCUUCCGUCGGAGCUCCGUCGUCUCUCCUCUCCCCCCGUUCAGAUCUCAAUCCGAACCCAAUCAAGGAAGAAUUUCCAGAUACAAGCUACUGGAAGCUCAUACGGGACUCAUUUCCGAGUAUCCACUUUUGGAGAAUCACAUGGAGGAGGUGUUGGUUGUAUCAUCGAUGGAUGUCCUCCUCGGAUUCCACUCUCUGAAUCUGAUUUGCAAAUCGAUCUUGAUAGGAGGAGACCUGGUCAGAGCCGGAUCACCACUCCUAGGAAAGAGACUGAUACUUGCCGGAUAUCUUCUGGUGUCUCCGAAGGAAUGACGACGGGAACACCUAUCCAUGUGUUUGUGCCUAACACAGAUCAGAGAGGACUUGAUUACAGUGAAAUGUCGGUUGCCUACAGGCCAUCUCAUGCAGAUGCAACCUAUGACAUGAAGUAUGGUGUCAGAUCAGUACAGGGUGGUGGGAGAUCUUCAGCAAGAGAGACCAUAGGAAGAGUUGCUCCUGGAGCUUUGGCCAAGAAGAUUUUGAAGCAAUUUGCAGGAACUGAGAUUCUUGCCUAUGUCUCUCAAGUCCACCAGGUCAUACUUCCAGAGGAAUUAGUAGACCACGAGAACUUGACCCUCGAACAGAUAGAAGAUAACAUUGUCAGGUGCCCUAAUCCUGAGUAUGCGGAGAAGAUGAUAGCUGCGAUUGAUGCUGUCAGGACAAAAGGCAACUCUGUUGGUGGUGUUGUUACCUGCAUUGUUCGGAAUGCUCCACGCGGGCUUGGUACACCUGUUUUCGAUAAACUUGAGGCAGAACUGGCCAAAGCUUGUAUGUCGUUACCUGCAACAAAGGGAUUUGAGUUUGGAAGUGGCUUCUCAGGUACCUUUCUGACUGGUCUUGAACACAAUGAUGAGUUCUAUACCGAUGAAAACGGAAGAAUAAGAACUAAAACAAACCGAUCCGGUGGCAUUCAGGGAGGGAUAUCGAAUGGUGAGAUAAUAAACAUGAGAAUAGCCUUCAAGCCAACAUCUACAAUUGGAAAGAAGCAGAACACCGUAACCAGAGAUAAGAAAGAGACCGAAAUGAUUGCGCGUGGUCGUCAUGAUCCUUGUGUUGUUCCACGAGCUGUGCCAAUGGUGGAAGCAAUGGUGGCUUUAGUUCUUGUGGAUCAACUGAUGGCGCAGUACGCUCAGUGCCAUUUGUUCCCAAUAAAUACAGAUUUGCAGGAACCUCUUCACACUGCUUCUCCUGUCGAGCUCGAGCAGCCGCAAAAUGCUGCUGCUUUGUAA